UGCUAGAUGUCGCGUCGGUCGUUAACUCGAGUGAGUGAUUAAAGAUGGCUCAAGUCAGCGAGUGUUUUACCAUAGGAAGCAUAGUUUCGUGCGUUACAUGCCUAAACAAAGAGCUGGAGGGCGAAGUUUUGGCCUUCGACCAGCAGACCAAGAUGUUAGUUCUUAAAAGCUCUGCUUCCAAUGGCCAGGCGAAGCUGAACGACAUCCACAUGAUCAACCUCGCCAGGGUCAGUGAUAUCAAAGAAAAGAAAGACGCCACGUCCAGCUCAGAAUCCCCGCAGCCCUUAAAUUUGUUCAAAAUCAGCACCAGAGCGCGGAAUCAGGUUGAGGAGAAGCGUCGGGUGAUCUCGGCACUAAAGGCGGGAGUCUCGCCCGAGGGACAGAACCUUUUCCUAAAUAUAUCCAAAACCAUGCAUCAUGAAGUCACGUGGUCGAAUGCAGAUAUUAUCGUCAUGAAACAAGUCCGUGUUUGCCCUCCCUACCGAGUGCAGGACGUCAGAGUACACAAUGAGGACUCCCGAGGAGGCGCUCCCUUAACCCACACUGAGUCAAGAGCUGUGAGCCACGUCAAAAAGAUGGUGGACAAGUAUUACAAAGACCUGCAGCUGCAGUCAGCGAACGCCAACACGCCGGCGGCUGCGGGAAACUUGAGUGGCACCGCGUCGGCGACACCGACCCCGCCGGCCAAGCAGUAAAGCGUGAGCAGCUCUCGUCCGGCACUGAGGCGCGGACGAACGCAGCAACGACCUGGCAAGCUUACCUUCCCUUCUCGUUUCCAUCUGUGGCGGGGCCCUACGCUGGACCGGUCGGCCGCCGACCAGCCGCUCCGGCCUAGGGCCCCGACUCUUCAACACUCAUCAUUUUGUAUUGGACAAGUCGAUUGAAGUAAAAAAUAAUAUUCCUUCAUUGCAAUUGUUUUUCACUCAAGUUUUGCUAUCCAGGGCUCCAGCAGUUUGUUGAAUUCUCACACACACACAAAGAUUUGUCGAGUUCGCAGAAACAGAAAAUCCUUACUUGGUGCAUUUGUAGGCCAUGUUGACCAUGAUUUAGGCUUAAUUCUUUGGUUGGUCUUGUGAGCCCCUUUGACAGAGCAAUAUUCUCGUUUUAUUUUUCUAAUUAGUGGCCAAAGUAAGAAGUACUCUAUCCCCCGUGUAGUAUUCCAAACAAUUGCAAUGAUUCGAGUGCGUGAUUGUGUGAGACAUCUUCCAAAAGUCUUUAUCAUUUCGUCUUCUUCGAUCAAGGGAAAUCGACCGUUCGCUUCCAGGAUAGCAUCCGCCCCCUUCUUUUCUUUUUAAUUCCUCGACAAAGUAUCUUUGAAUAAUUCGAGUCAUGUCUCAUCCUGAUUCCACUCUUUGCGUUCUUUUCUUUCAACCAGAGGUCAGAUACCAAAUUUAUGUAGUAUGAAUCUUGUAUGAUCGCUGUUAAUAGAUAAUAUUGUUAAAAUGGCCCA